AUGCAGUCCGUCGUUCUAUUGGUCUACGGGUUUCUUUCCCUGGCCGUGGGCGCCAGGGGGGUUCCAAACCUAUCUCAACAGCAAAGUCCGAGCUCUCUGACGAUCCACACCACGGCUGGGAGCGUAACAGGUCUCAUCAAUGAGACAACCCCAGACGUUCGGCAGUGGCUCGGCGUUCCUUACGCUGAGCCGCCAGUUGGAUCUCUUCGGUUCUUGCCGCCUCAACCCAAGACACCGUUUGGGAACUUGACAACGACUUCGUACCAGCCAUCCUGCAUGCAGCAGCUCAGUAACGCCAGCUCAGCUUACACCGACUACGUCCCGGAGUUUCUUAUCAACGGCGGACAAUCAGAAGACUGCCUGUAUAUCAACAUAUACGCCCCGCUAGACCCGAUAGCCGAAAGGCUCCCGGUAUUUAUCUACAUUCCAGGCGGUGGGUUCACCGGCGGAGGGGCCGACUCGCUGUACAAGAUCCCAGAUCAAUGGAUUCAGAAAACCCAAGGCCAUAUCUUUGUCAUAAUGAACUACCGCGUCAACAUCUUCGGCUUUCCCAACGCAAGAUCUGCUCCUCAGAAUGCUGGACUCCUUGACCAGAGACUCGUCGUCGAGUGGGCAAGGGAUAACAUCGCCGCUUUUGGCGGCGACCCAGACAAGAUAACUCUGUGGGGUCAGUCAGCCGGCGGCAUGUCAGUAGGCAUGUAUGGAUAUGCCUGGUUCGAGGAUCCCAUUGUCUCGGGAUUAAUUGCAGACUCCGGCGCCGCUUCAACUUUGACUGUGAGCGAUCCUGAGCACACGACCUUCACGAAAUUUGCUGGAUCUUUUGGAUGCUCGAAUUUGACCGCAGAGAUCGAGCUUCAAUGCAUGCAGAAUCUAGACGCCAAAGUGAUCCAGGACACCCUCAGCUUUGGUGGCACAGGUUUAGGGUUUCGUCCAGUGGUCGAUAACAUGACAGCCUUUACCAACUCAUCACAGCGCCUCUUCGAAGGAAAGUUCGCAGACGUGCCAUACAUGACCGGAUCGAACGCCAACGAAGGGGCGUCCCUCGGAUCAUACGACCCUAACGGCAUGCUCCCGGGCCAAUAUGAGAAUGGUCUAAAGUCUAUCAACUGUCCAGUAUCCCAAGAAGUCGCCAACCGCGAGUCAGCCGGUUUCAUAACUUACUACUAUGAGUACGCUGGAAACUUUAGCAACAUCUCCCCUGUACCUUGGCUGGGAGCAAUGCAUAGUGCCGAAUUGCCCAUCAUCUUUGGAACCCACUUCUUGUACCGUGGAAAUUCAACGGAGUUUGAGUGGCAAGUCGCGGGGGCAAUGCAAGAUUUAUGGCUUUCCUUCGCAACAGAUCCUUCGAAAGACCCAACAGAUGGAAAUGGCUUCAGGUGGCCAAAGUACACGGCAACAGAGGACAGCAUGGUAUUGUUCGCAGAAGAUGAUACGGUGGCUCAGUUGCAGUCCGGAUCCAUACUUGCGAACCAAUGCUCAGCCCUCUCCUGA